UAUAUAUAGUAAAGAAAAAGAAGACCGACCUAGAACCCAACAUUCGUAAUUAGGUUAAUAAUCAAAAACUGCAUAAAAAGAAAGAAAGGAAAAAAAUGGUGGCGACGGAUUUGAAGACGGAGAUAAAGAAGUUGAUGGAUAAAAGGAGUGAUUUGGAGACUGAGAUGAACAUUAUCAUCGAGCGCCUCACUCAGCCCGGCGCUCCCGGUCUUUCCGGCAAUCUUGUCGACUCAGAGGGGUUUCCGAGGUCUGACAUUGACAUUCCAGUGGUGAGAGCAGACAGAAGUAGACUUGCAGGAUUGCGGAAUGACCACAAAGAUAUCACUGAGAAAAUAAGCCAAAACAUAGAACUGUUGCAUUCAGCUCGGCUUGCUCCUAAAGUUUCAACUGGCAUGGACUCAGGUUCCAAUCUACGAGGUGCAGAUGACACCCGUUCAUCCAAUGCGGGAGGUUCCAUCAGUAGCAUGGAUGUGGAUGUGAGCAGGCCGUUUGCAAUGGUGGAUGAAAUCAGCGAGGAAUCUCCGGCAGCAGCAGAUGGUUUACAACUUGGAGAUCAAAUUGCUAAGUUUGGGAAUGUUGAAUAUGGUGAUAAUUUGAUGCCGAAGCUUGCUUCUGAAGCACAGAUGAAUCAAGGCCGUCCUGUACCUAUGCUAGUUAUGAGGCAAGGGACUUUGAUAAACUUGACUGUCACGCCUAGAACAUGGAGAGGCCGUGGCUUGCUUGGAUGCAAUUUCCGGAUUUUGUGAUGUGUUCUUUCAAUGCUUUUUCAUGGAGUACAUUAGAUUCGUAUAAAAACCUCAUGCCUUGACUUAUCAGGAUGAAUUGUCUAAAAACUUGAAUGUUUUCAAACUUUUGCACUGUUUGUCAGCAUAACAAUGUUGAAGAUUUUCCCUUGACUCUAACUGCUUUUUAGUUCAUCAGAUAUGAUAUAUUACCUGGUUCAUCA